UAGAGGGCGCUAGCGCUCUUCUAGGCAGGAUUUAGACAAAAACUUCUCACAAAGUCGCGGAUGAAAUGUUGACGUCUUGAUGGUGUUCGUUUUUGUUGAAUUCUGUUAAGUUUCUUUUUGCAUAUCCGGGGACAAUAUUGUCAUAAACUUCAAGAUGACCACUGUUCGCCCUUUUACAUGCGAAGACCUGUUUAAAUUCAAUAAUGUAAAUCUCGAUCCUCUUACUGAGACAUAUGGAGUUGCCUUCUAUCUACAGUAUCUGGCCCACUGGCCUGAGUACUUCCAAGUGUGUGAGUCUGCAUCGGGAAAGAUCAUGGGAUACAUUAUGGGUAAAUCAGAGGGCUCAAUACCCCAGGAGACAUGGCAUGGUCAUGUGACCGCCGUGACGGUCGCCCCCGAGUAUCGUCGCCUGGGUCUGGCCGCCAAGAUGAUGAACUUCCUGGAGGAAGUGUCUGAAAAGCAGUCAUGUUUCUUUGUAGACCUGUUUGUCCGCGUGUCCAACGAGGUUGCUGUCACGAUGUACAAGCGCCUGGGCUACACCGUGUACCGUAGAGUCAUCGAGUACUACUCGGGAGACCCAGACGAAGAUGCAUUUGACAUGCGCAAAGCACUGAGUCGAGACAAGGAUAAGAAAUCGGUCGUACCGCUGAAGGACCCUGUCUACCCAGAAGAUGUUGAAUGACGCUAACAAGGUGAAUCCAUGCUGUAAACAUCAAAUCGUCGAAUCCUGAGAAAGGAACAUCUGUUUUUCACAAUUUAGGUAGUUCCUACUGAAAUACAUACACCAAGUUUGGUAUGGCACUCUGCUCACUGUACUUGUAGACUUGAGAGCCCCAGUCCUUACAAGACAAUCAUAAAUUAAUCUCGAGCAAUCCCAUAUUAAGUUAAUUGAUAAGCAUUUCUUUUGAAUUGUGGCAGAGACAUGUCAUUGUCAUUGUUUAUCCUGUAGUACAUGUGACCUUACACAUGUUUUGACUUGCCGUUAACUUCCGAUUUGUCUUCUGGAUCUGGAUCUCAGUGGAUUGUUAUACUCAGACUGUCGGACAAAAUGGCUACCUGCAUCACAUCAGACUUUCGUUGGGCUCCACUAAAUUGAGUUGCAGUGUACAUAUAUAAAUGUACAAGUUGGUUUACAAUUGCCAUAUUUAGAUCUGAGCUAGAGAAACGUUUAUUCAGUAAAUAUUUUAUGAAGUUUACAGCAUGGAUUCACCUGGAGAAAUUUUCAUUUGUUUGUACAAAUAUGUAAUUUUUGUUACUUAAUGUACCAUGAAUUUAAAAACAUUUCUGCAGUCAAGCUACCGCUGUUCUAAAGGACACCAAAACUUAUAGAAGAUGCCGUGGCAUUGGGCGAAAAUGUUCAAUGAACCAUAUUUUUGAGCCAAUGGGUUUUUUUGAUGUGUUUUCUGUGUACAAGCAUUAGAAAUAUCCUGUUUUGUGAAGCAGUUAAGUAACUUGACUUCAAGCUAAAAAUUUAAAAUUGUUAAAUUUUUGUUUUUGAACUGUAUAGUAAUGUGUGAACUCACAUAAGGAGUCAUGCCUGUUUAUAGACCCCGAAAUGGUGUAAAACUCCGCCAUUCGCUCAGGAAUGUGGCUUAUUUUAACACUGGGGCUGUCAAUUUUGAAUAAUUUAGUAUUCGAUUACUUGAAACUGCGUUUGACCAAAUAUUCAGAUAUUCGAAACUGCCAGCUGUAACUUGCGUGCUGCGUCUAUAAACAUUUACAUGAAGAGCGCGCCAGUUAAAAGUUGCCUGCGGCAAUCGAUAUGGGGCGAUAUGAGUGUUUUGCAGUAAGUGUUUUAUAUCUUUAAAGGGCUUUAACCUCCCAACAGGAUGUGAACGAUGAAAUGCCGCCGACCAGAAACAGUUGCCAUUGACAAAAAAGUGGCGCCUGUCAAAAAGCGCUGAAACUUUACGAUAAAAUAACAUCACAGUUGUGUGUGUAUUUGUGUAGUUUUUAGUUUUCGAAUAUUCAAACCGGCUAAAAGCUAUUUGAAUUUUCGGUUGAUGAUCGAAUAUUUGAGUAUUAGGUAGAUUCGGGACAGCCCUAUUUAACACGUAUAACAAAACGUUUGUUAAAAUGACACACUAACAUUUUUGCAAUCAGAGCUGUACGUUGUCGGAAUAAAUUUAUUUAACGGAAUGAAUUUAUUCAUUUAUGUUAUCAGUUUUUGAAAAUUGGGACUAACCCUCUGAACACGAUUGGCAUUCGAAAGUAAAUGGAAAAAUUGUUCUGCUUGUUUUUUUUCAAAGCUAGGAAAAACUAUAUUCCUUUCCUGAGAAGGAAUGUUUUUUGUUUUGAUUUUAAUCAAUGGUAACUCAGUUAAAUGCUUAAGGCUUAAGGUAUGAUUUUUUCUCCAUCUCAUAUUUUUUUCCCCAAUUUUGUCAUUUAAUUUAGUAUUGUGUCAUUUGUUUUAUGCAAUAAUGCUUAUAAUGUGGAAUGGAUUCAAAUUCAGGCUAAUGUCGUCCUCAUCCUCUUGUUAGCUUUUACUUUUCCUUUGUUCUUUUGUUAUGUUUGAUAUUUUGAAAAUAAACCACAUUAUCUAAAUUAGAAGAAAUAUGA